AUGUUCUUGCCAUGGGCAACUGAUGUUGAUGCUAAAUUUGGCAUCCCAAUGCUUGUUUUUCAUGGAACUAGUUUUUUUCUCUCUGUCUACAAUGUUUUUGAAAGAACCAAAGAAGCAGAGGUGAGGAGCUGUGGGGUUGUUGUAAACAGCUUCUAUGAGCUCAAACCGGCUUAUGCAAAUCAUUACAUAAAGGUCUUGGGAAGGAAGGCAUGGCAUAUAGGUCCAGUUUCACUAUGCAACAAGGAGGCUGAAGACAGAGGUCAGAGGGGAAAAGAAUCCUCCAUCGAUAAACAAGAAUGCUUGAAGUGGUUUAAUACAAAAAACAACGAUUCAGUUGUUUAUAUAUGCUUCGGAAAUUUGGCCAACUUAACCGAUUCUCAGCCAAUGAAAAUUGCCAUGGGUCUUGAGGCUUCUGAACAACAAUUCAUUUGGGUCAUGAAGAAAGGCAAAGAUGAAAAAGAAGAGGAAGAUUUGGGUCGUGCUCAAUCUUAA